CAGGAGAAGAAGAGAGGACCAUAAAAACAACACGGACACCUGGCAGUUCCCAAACAAGGUUACACAAUUACCUGAGAGAUCUCAUCCUUCUGCAUGAUGAGACGUGUUUAAAAAGCCUGACUCAGCUGCUGAUAUGGUGGACCUUAGACAAACUCUCAGAAGCCCCCAGUCUCACAUUCGAGUGGGAGUGUGGGGACAAUAUUGCAACAGAUCAUGGCUUUAGGAGAUCAUCUCCCACGGAAAUCUAUUUGGACUGCUCCGAAAUAAGAGAUCGGAAGAUGGAGAGAGUGGUAGCUGAGAGGGAGAUGGACGCCCUUCCAGAUUCGGACGAGGAGCUGUCUGAUGGUGAGUUGAUGAACAGGUCUGGUUGCUGGGAGGCGAGAGAGACGGAAGAUGGCAGCGAGUGCAAAACCAACGCUCAGGACAUCCCGGCCACGCCGCACGACUCUGGAAUCGGUAACGUGGAGUGCUGUGGCUCCACGGAGGGCAGAAAUGACACCGGGGACCUUUCAGAUGGAACGGAACACCAAGGCGCUGAUAGCCAGGAGAACUCCCAGGUCAUAAACCAAGAGGAGGACGAAUCCGCGAAGGAGCAGCAAAUGAACGGCGAGUCAGGCUGGAGAAACUUGGGAGCGGGGAGGAAAUGCAAACCCAGGAGCGGCGGAUCGAUUUCAGAGCAGAGCAACCAAAGUGCUUUUACGGCCACCUCCUUCCAAAAAGGCAACUUUGUGCCGAGCGGUGGCAGGCACAAGCAGACCCGCAGGCGCAACCACCACCAUCAGCUGAACCGAGGACGCAGACGCACGGGCAGACAGCUGGUCUUCGCCUUAAAGGAGGUGCUGUCGGAGUCGGUCAGCGUGUGGUGCAUCUCCUGUGUCCACAUGAUGAUCGAGAUUAUCGUCACGUUGACUCAUCAUUGUGGCGUGGGCGUGGAGGCCGGUGGCUUGGCGCUCUACAGCUUGGGACAGCGGCUCUUUGUGAAGAUCACGGACAUCCCGGGAAUGAAGGACGAUGCCGGUCGAACUUUGAAAUGGACAAAAUGCACGGUCGCGCAGGUGGUGGACAGAGCCGUUCGGUUACUGAAGUGGACUAAACAAGCCGCCUCGUCUACACUCAGACUUUUCUGUGCUUUGGUCAUGCUCGGGUCCCAGCGGGCCAAAAGGGUCUUGGUCCGGGUCGGGGGAGAGAGAGGGAAACGGUAUUGGACAGCUUUUCAGGAUUCACGCCUGUGGAAGAGGGUGCUGCUCUUGGUGGAGAGAGUAGGAAACCUCUUCAAGAGACGUGGUCACGCGCAGGCAUCCGACUUUGAGUCACCGGGGAAAGCAGGGAGAGGCCCGCCGGGACAGGAGCUGGAGAGACUGCUCGCCCUGGCCGAGGUCCCGGAGGAAGAGCUCGAUCCCUUCACAGUUUUGGGCGUGGAGGUCCACGCCAGCGAGGCCGAGCUGAAGAAGGCUUACAGACAGCUGGCUGUCCAGGUCCAUCCAGACAAGAACAAACACCCACGAGCCGGAGAGGCGUUCAAAGUACUGCGGGCUGCCUGGGAUAUUGUCAGUAACCCAGAAACACGAAGAGAGUAUGAGUUGAAGCGCAUGGCAGCGACUGAGCUCUCCAAGUCCAUGAACGAGUUCCUCACCAAACUGCAGGACGACCUGAAGGACGCCAUGAACACCAUGAUGUGUACCAAGUGUGAAGGGAAGCACAAGCGCUUUGAGAUGGACCGCGAACCCGCCGAGGCCCGCUUCUGUGCCGAAUGUAGUCGCCGCCAUAGUGCUGAGGAGGGGGACCUGUGGGCGGAGUCUAGCAUGUUGGGACUACGUAUCACGUACUUUGCCUGCAUCGACGGCAAAGUCUUUGACAUUACAGAGUGGGCGGGUUGCCAAAGGAUCGUCAUCUCUCCAGACACACACCGCGUGCCCUACCACAUCUCCUUCGGGGCCAAGAACAACAGCAGUGCCACCAGACACAGGACCCACGCCGAGCACGGCCCCGGCCCCGGCCCCGGCCCUGUCCCCGGUCCAGCCAACCCGGCAGAUCUGCAGGACUUCUUCAAGCGCAUCUUCAAGGGAGGACCCCCCAGUGACAUGCCUGCCAAUGGGGCCUUCUUCCCCUCAGGUCCACCCCACCACGCCCCACCCGGCGCCGGGCCGCCCCCGUUCUCCCCUCCCCCGGGCCCGACCACUUUCUUCAUGCCGGGGGCCCACCAUCGGCCCGAGUCCGGCGAGCCCUGGUCCGAGGGCGGCAAACCCCCCAGGAGGAAGAAGAAGGUGCGCAAACCCUUCCAGAGGUGAAGUCUGCUGACACCUUGAAGAAAGAUCUGUUUGGCUCUGGUCUGGCCUGUUGGCACGCUCACGUGCCACAUGGAGGUGCUUGCUCCAAGACCUGAAGAUGUGCCGUGGACUCAGCAGAACUCAAAAGACCGGAAGAUGUGCUGUGGACUCCAUCUUCAUUUUCCACUUCUUCACCGCCUGUAUGUAGCCUUGCCCUUCUUCUGCAUCCUUCUCUUCACCUAACCCGCCAUGACCCAGGAGGCCAUAAAGACCUGGGACUCGGACUACUGCGCACAUUUCCGUACAAAAUGUCCCUUAUGAUCGUGCUUGUUCUGUCCAAAGUGGCCAUUUUAGAGAUUGUUUGAGGACAUCAUCCAGGAUCAACACACCAGGGGUGUCCAAAUGUUUUCAUUUUCAACCAAGAGGACCCCACUCAAAUUUGGUCCCAAGGACCCAGAAGGGUCUGUUAUAAAAAUGUUAAAAAAUAAGCCUUUUUUUCUUUCUUUUUUUUUUCACGUUUAAAUCUCCAGAUCAACUUCAGAUCUGUCGAUAUAACCUUUUAUUUUUUUAUGUUUUGUGCCCUUUUUGUUCAAGAAACCGUGUUUUUUAUGGCAAAAAUCACAAACUAUGCAAUACCCCCCCCAAAAAAAACAUUAAAAGUGGAAUAUUUGAUGUGAAGUAAUUAGAGCCUCAAUAGGUCAAUCAUUCAUAACAUUGAUUUCAUUCAUUAUUUUUGAACAAUGACAUUAAAACAAAUCCCAAUAAAAUUCUCAGGGAUCCAAAAAGGUCCCAUUCAUAAAGUGUUGAAAAUAAGUUGUAGAUUUCUUUUUUUUUUUUUUUUACUUUCAGCGCUUAAUCGAUCUACUUUAGAUCUUUUUAUUUUGUUUUAUGCCCUUUUUGUCAUGAAAAACUUAGUCAUUGAUUACCAUUUAUUUUGAUUAAUUAUUAUUUUUGAGCAAUGACAUUAAAAAAGGGAUCCAAAAAAGUCCCAUUCAUAAAAGUGUUAAAAAUAAGUUGUAGAUUUUUUAUUUUUUCAACGCUUAAGUCCAUCGAUCUAAUUCAGAUCUAUUUGGGUUUUUUAAAUUAUUAUUUUGUAAUUCAUUUUGUUUGUUUUAUGCCUUUUUUGUCAUGGAAAACCUAGUUAUUGAUUUUCAUUAUUAUUUUUGAGCAAUGACAUGAAAACAAAAAUCCCAAUAAAAUUCCCAGGGAUCUAAAAAGGUCCCAUUCAUAAAAGUGUUAUAAAUAAGUUGUAGAUUAUUAUUUUUUUACUUUUAGCGCUUAAGUGUCUAAGUUUUUUUAAUUAAUAUUUUAAAAUACAUUUUUUGUUGUAUGCCCUUUUUGUCAUAGAAAACGUACUUAUUGAUUUUGAUUCAUUAUUUUUGAGCAAUGACAUAAAAACAAAUCCCAAUAAAAUUCUUGGUGAUCCAAGAAGGUCCUGCUCAUAAAGUGUUGAAAAUAAGUUGUAGAUUAUUUUUUACUUUCAACAUUUAAUUGUCUCUUUAGAUCUACUUCAGAUCUUUUUUUUUGUUUUGUUUUAUGCCGUUUUUUUCUGAAAAACUUACUUAACAUUGAUUCGGGUUAGGGUUAGAUUCAUUAUUAUUUUUGAGCAAUGCGACCCCAAAAGGGACAAGCGGUAGAAAAUGGAUGGAUGGACAUAAAAAAAAGCGCGUAAGUCUCUAAAUUUUUUAAAUUAAUAUUUAGAAAUAAAUUGUUUGUUUUAUGCCCUUUUUGUCAUAGAAAACGUACUUAUUGAUUUUGAUUCAUUAUUUUUGAGCAAUGACAUAAAAAAAACGUCCCAAUAAAGUUCUCAGGGAUCCAAAAAGGUCCCGCUCAUAUAGUGUUAAAAAUAAUAAUAAUAAUUAUAAUUAUAAAUAUUUUUUUGUUUUUUUUGUUUUAUGCACUUUUUGUCCUAGAAAACUUACUUAACAUUGAUUCGGGUUAGGGUUAGAUUCAUUAUUUUUGAGCAAUGCGACCCCCAAAAAAAAAAAAAAAAAAAAAGAGGGUAGCACAGGGGUUAGUGCAUGUGCCUCACAAUACGAAGGUCCUGAGUAGUCUUGGGUUCAAUCCCGGGCUUGGGAUCUUUCUGUGUGGAGUUUGCAUGUUCUCCCCGUGACUGCGUGGGUUCCCUCCGGGUACUCCGGCUUCCUCCCACCUCCAAAGACAUGCACCUGGGGAUAGGUUGAUUGGCAACACUAAAUUGGCCCUAGUGUGUGAGUGUGAAUGUUGUCUGUCUAUCUGUGUUGGCCCUGCCUGUGAUGAGGUGGCGACUUGUCCAGGGUGUACCCCGCCUUCAGCCCGAAUGCAGCUGAGAUAGGCUCCAGCACCCCCCGCGACCCCAAAAGGGACAAGUGGUAGAAAAUGGAUGGAUGGAUGGACCCCGAAAGGGACAAGCGGUAGAAAAUGGAUGGAUGGACAUUAAAAAAAAAGUCCCAAUAAAGUUCUCAGGGAUCCAAAAAUGUCCCGCUCAUAUAGUGUUAGAAAUAAGUUGAUUUUGAUUCAUUAUUAUUUUUGAACAAAGACUCCAGCACCCACCGUGACCCCGAAAGGGACAAGCGGUAGGAAAUGGAUGGAUGGAUGGACAUUUAAAAAAAUCCCAAUAAUAUUCUCGGAUCCAAAAAGGUCCCAUUUGUAAAAGUGUUAAGAAUAAAUUGGAAAUUAUUUUUUACUUUCAACAUUUAAUUGUCUCCAUAGAACUAAUUUUUCUGUUUUAUGUCCUUUUUGUCAUAGAAAACGUAAUUAACAUUGAUUUUGUCAAUAUUUUUGAACAAUGACAAUUUAAUAACAAAAAAGCUGCCAUGCAUGUUUGUUUUUUUCUUUAAGAGUCAACAUUGUACACCCGUUUGAUCUUUUAUUUCACUUUUUUAAAGUUAUUUUUCUGUAAAAGCAUUUUUAAAAUGAGCAGCUUGUGGUUAAAAAAGAAGACUGGACACCCCUGGUCGAGGUCCUUCAGGAAGUGCUCUGCAGGCCUCGUUAGUGUCGGCCUACACUGCCCUCUGCUGGUCAUUCUUGGAAGUACACAAGAAAGGAGCCCUAUUGAUUAACGGCGCUUUGAACUCUUGUUUCGUCUUGGGACGUUUUACUUUUUAUAAUCCAUAUUUGAUUUCACACUUUUUUUGUAUGAAUCAUUUAAUUUGUGACCACCUGAGCUUAAAUAAAAAAAAGUAGCAAAGGGCGGUCACUUUUACAACGUUUAAAAAAAAGAAAACAUGAAGUCAUCUUCCUGCUGCUUCAUCAAUGGUCACAAACAACUUCAGGAAAAGCAAAGUGUUUACAUCUCCCGGGUUAACAUCGCCCGUCUUUAGGACGUUUGAUUUUCUUCCCAAUUUGAGUGAAUUGAUUUGUUUUUGUGUGGAGUUUGCACCCGGAACUGACCCCUGACCCCUGACCUCAGACAGCCCAUCCAGUGAAAUGUUGUGACGCCUCCACGGAGUCCAGUCAUUUUCUUUCUUUGGCGAGCGGAAGCAAAGAUGUUUCCAUGCUUUUCUUUGUGUCAAAUGGUGAAUGAUUGGAGUCAGAGCAGCUGAGCCGGAACCACAAAAGCUCAGUAGCUUGAAACCAGACUAAUGUUCAUACGUGACACUUUUAAUGAACAAACAUUUUGAAGUUGAUGCUCUCAUUUCUUUGCUCUUCUCCGGUCAUCUUUUUUCAGGGUUACGUCAUUCUUUUCACGUUUGGAAAGUGAAACUCAAGACUUGUGCACGCCUUCCGAGUGUUCCGGUUCAAAGACUUGGAGAAGUAGACUACCGGAUGGCACAGUUCAAGUACUUUUGCUAUGUUUAUUUCUUCAACAAUAUGCAGAAAUAUUGUAAUGAAAAGAUUUAUCUGACAAUCACCGCCCGGGGGGGUUUGUUCCCUGGCAGGCCGUUUUAAAAGAGCACCGUUAGUUUCCUGCUUUCUCUGGUUUUCAAAGU